AAACCUGCAUGAGUAUUUGCAGUUGCAUCAUAUCCGCUUCAAUCUCUCGGAUCAGGCUUGGUUUUUGUUAUUGAAGUUUGUGAUUGUUGUUUUUUAAUAUGUUCUGUUUCUGUGUUUUUGAGAUAUACAGUCCGUGGGUGAAUUUUGGAAUAUUACGAAUCUAAUUAUUAUCAUUCUGAUUUCAAUUUCAAAGCUGCUGCAUUAAAUGGGAAAUAAAUAUGCAUUGAAGAAAAUGGGCGCUAUGUCGGCAACGCGUGGUUGCUCACUUCCAGCUUUAUGCAUAAAUUUACGAAACUAACUGGUGAAUUGUGUUUACUUGAACAUCCACUCUUGUCUCUUGCUUGAUUUUGUAUGCUGAAUUCAAAAGAAUCGGUUAACACUGGUGAAAUUGAAGCUUCCACGUCACUCCGAACGCAUUGUUUGGACUUCUCCUUCUCCACUCUCCAAGUAGAAAAAAAGUAGCUACCGGAAGCAAAAAUCGAUAAGGCUACGUACGUCUCUUCAGUUAGAAGAUUUUCCAAUCGUCCGGAUCCAACGUGAUUCAGUUCGCCUAAAGCUGAUAAUAAGAACAUGUGUUCUGAAUCACCGUCACCAACAAGGAUGCGGCGGAGAAUCGGUUCACUAUCCGUGGUGCUCGCAGUCGCUUUCUCGCUGCUAAUAAUUGGAACCUUUGCAGUUAAAUCUGAUCAGAAGGCAAGCUCCAUGAAUGCCAGGAAGAGUACUACCGCAACUCCCCAUGCUCGCAAGUUGCUGAAUAACCACGGCGCGGUGGUGGUGCCAAGCCGGAUAUGGAGCGAAAAGUGUUCGAAAUCGGACAUAAUGAUAAGCCAGGGGGCGACGCAGCCGCUGCCCAACGGAAUUCCGACGUACACGGUGGAGAUCAUUAACGUCUGCGUCCGUGGCUGCUACAUCUCCGCCAUCCAUCUCAACUGCGGCUGGUUCAGCUCCGCUCGGAUCAUUAACCCCCGAGUCUUCAAGCGCCUUCGAUUUAACGACUGCCUCGUUAACGACGGCAAGCCGCUGGCGUACGGACGCACCUUAACCUUCCAGUACGCCAACACCUUCCGUUAUCCUCUCUCCGUCGCCUCCGUUAAUUGCUGACUCACACUGCUGCUACCACGCGCCGCCGUGCGUGCCCGCUCGAUGAAGAUGAUUCGGUGAACUACAUACAGUUUGUGCAGUACAAUAAGUUAGAAUUUAGACUCAGAGUGAGAGGAAAAGAAGAAGAAGAAGACGUAUACGUUCUUAGGGAAAAUACACGUAUCAAAAUGAAGAUGAAAAAAAAUAAAUAAAUACGUACAGAAAUUUUGGCAUCAUUUAUAUUGGAAUAUUGGAUAUGUGGGGAGUUUUGAGUAGGUGUGUUUAUUCUGACUUGUGGUCCAGUGCUAGCUGUAUUCUUUUUUAAAUAUCUGAAUUGUUGAAUGUGAGUUUUCUUGGGCUUUAAAAUACCCAAUCUACCCGAUUACUGUACCCAUAAUGGGAGGCUCAACCCAAUUCUAAUAUAUUCUG